AUGGACAAAGAGGAUGUCGAUUCUGUGAACGAGUAUUCCACAGAGGAAAUCAACAUGGAAGUUCUUGAAAUCUCUGAUGCAGGUAUGAAGAUCAAGGCCUCGGAGCGGAAAACACUUCCUAGAAUGACCAAAUAUGAAAAAGCGCAUGUGAUCGGUGUUCGUGCAACUCAGCUAAGUGCAGGCGCACCCCCGUUUGUAGACAUAGGAAACGAAACCAACCCGCUUAACAUUGCAAACAUGGAGCUGAGCGAAAAAAAAAUUCCGUUCAUCAUCCGGAGAAAGCUUCCAGACAGCAGCUUUGAAGACUGGGCCGUUGAUGAGCUGAUGAUCCCUGGUGUAGACUUUCAGUAG